AAGUCCCGCCGGAGUGGUUGGUCGGUACUACCUACUCACACAUCUACUGCUGAGGCUGAACUCUUUUCUCUUAGUAGCUUUCCACAAUGCCUCACUUAACUGACUGUUCCUACUAUGAGGUUCAAACUCACCUGGAGAAUCCAACAAAGUAUCAUUUGCAACAGUCACAGAGUCAACAAGUUAAACAGUAUCUCACCCUUGGAAACAAAUUUUCAACCCAGACACUUGCAUAUUCCCACCCACAUGCAGUUCAGCCAACUGGAAUUGUGCCGACCUUACGAAAUGGACAUAUGUCCCCUGAUACAGACAACUGUACAACAGAGAGCCCAUUCACAAAACUGAUGCCCUUGGGAGCCAACAGGGAAAAUGAGAUGGAAGAAGUAAUUGAUGACAUAAUUAGCCUAGAAUCAAGUUUCAAUGAUGAUGGCUUGAACUGUGCAGAACCCACACUUUUGAUGUCAAGCAAUUUUGCACUCUCAAGCAGUAUUCUGGAUAUUUACAACAGUGACCAAAGCUCAGACAUGGGACUUUCAAAUAAUACUUGCCCUAGUCUGGGACUGAAAAGAGAAGUUACAGACACAGAUACUCGAGCCAUGGCGAAAGAAAGACAGAAAAAAGACAGUCAUAAUCUUAUUGAGCGACGGAGGAGAUACAAUAUUAACUACAGAAUUAAAGAACUUGGCACACUUAUCCCAAAAUCCAAUGAUCCUGAUAUGCGCUGGAACAAAGGAACUAUUUUAAAAGCUUCGGUAGAAUACAUCAAAUGGCUACAAAAAGAACAACAAAGAGGUCGAGAAUUAGAACACAGACAGAAAAAAUUAGAGCAAGCUAACAGAAGAUUGCUGCUUCGCAUUCAGGAACUUGAAAUACAAGCUCGAGCUCAUGGCCUUCCCAUGCCAACAUUAUGUACAGUGGAAAUAGCAUCCCAAGUUAUCAAACAACAAACAUAUGGGGACGAUAUGUCUCUGGAUUAUGCUUCUCAGCUUCCAGUUUCCAUUGGACAAACCACAGACUUGUGUGAUGUUUCUACAUCAUUUUCCGAUCCACUAUCACAUUUCACGGAUCUAUCCUUUAGUGCUGCUUUAAAAGAACAAAUGUUGGAAGAAAUGUCACCAUAUGGAGCUGAUCCCUUUCUCUCAGCAACAUCACCAGACCUGUCCAAAGGCAGCAGCAGCAGAAGAAGCAGCUUCAGCACAGAUGAUGGGGAUGAUCUUUAAAUAAAAAAAUGAAAAUUAAAGACUACAUUGCUUUUUCACAAAAACUGUAUUUCAGUUGAAAGUAUUUUUUUUCCAGUCCUUAUAUUUUUACAUCCUCAGAGGAGACAUUGCCUGUAGCACCUUUAGCCUACUACAUAAGAAGCCCAAAUAUGUCAUCUUCUAAUUAUGAGCAAUUUUAUAAGUCAACUUUUUUGCUUUGUAAAUAUUGGUCAGAAAGCACAGAGAAAGCAUUUCUUGUAACUGUAUUAUAUCUAUUCAAUGAAAGGAAAGCUUUUCCACUGUUCUUUUAUUUUGUAGUGUAUAUAUAUAUAUUAUUUUUUCAUAAUGUACAUUUGACUUAGAUUUUCAUGUUAUGGUUAUGUUUAAAGAAAAUACAUUUAGUCCACAUUCAGUUCUAAUUUUGUCAAUGGGUGCCUUUUUUAUUAUCUAUAGUAAUUUGUUUUGUAGUAGCUAUUUUAAAAUCCAGGGAAACGGGGUGUCUUUGUACCCAGUGCAUAGUAAAUGGAGCACAAAGAGUUGCACUUGUCUGUGUAUGACGUGGUGCUUGCUCCUACUGAAAGUUCACCCUUUGAUAAAUAUGCGUUUAAAAAUCCCAUAGAAAUGAAUGGAGAGAGGUGUAAUUUCACACUAGUGGACUAGUGGUAAUCUCUAACUUCACUAUUUGAUAAAUAUACCCCAAUGACUCUUCUGAAUACUAUGCUGGGCAAGUGCAUACAUGUAGUAGUAGUUCUGUUGGAGUGGUGCUGGUUGCUUACAUUUGCUUAGAUCUCUAAUGUUCCUGAUGAGUUUAUUACUUUACUCUCACUUUAGAAUACGUUUAUGAAGGCGUGUAAAAAAAUUAAAAAAAUUAAAAAAAUUUUUUUAAAAAAAACCAACAACCCAAACAUGGCAAUUUUAACACCAGGGUAUACAAUGUAUAAUACACAAUACAAGUUUCGUAAUGAUUUCAUGCAAAUGUUGUGCAACUUUUAAUUUGUCCAUUAACAUCAAUAGGUAAUGCCAGGUCUAGAGUGGUGUACAACAAUAGCAUUAUUUUCAUUUUUUUUUUCUUGCUAAUCCAAUUAGUACUUUAUAAUACAUUUCUCUGUUAUUGCAGUGCA